AUGCGCCGCUGCGCGAUGCGCCUCGCCUUGUGUGGGCUUCUUGUCAUCUUGCCAGAUGCAUCAGCUGCAUGUGCGGGCGCGUCCGCGGCCGACGCCAGCUGCAACUUUGACAGCGAUCCCAGCAACCUGCUCCAAGCGCUCCAUAACCGAUCCGGCCCAGCGAACUCACCGGACGAUGACGAGCAGACGGCCAGGGACAAGAGGGUUUGGGAGGAGAUCAAGGCAGGUGAUGCGAUGGACGUCGCUGCAGGUGGCAUUGGCAGCCUGGUCGUGGGUGCCAUCAAAGGGGACUCUGGUGAGAAGCUUGCCAAGUCCGCUUUGUCCACCGUUUUGGAUCUGGGGGUUGCCGCGAUCAGCGCGAAAGCCCCUUUUGUGGGGCCGUUCGUCGACAUCGGCAUCACCAUUUUCAAGGAUCUCGUCCUGGGCUCCACGCCACCGCCUCCCUUUAUGACUGAGGACGACGUCAAGAAGAUGCUGGAGAAAUUCCAGGUUACGGUGCAGGAGGAUACCAAAAGGUUGAUUGCUAGCGACGCCUUCAAAGAGCAAGUUAAAACGAUGAAGAAGCUGAUGGACAAGUACGACACCCACCUCCGCAGCAGCAAUGAUCCUGGCUGGAUCAUUAGCAAGAUGGAUUUUCUGCUGGAGUCGGAGUACUCGGACGCCUUCGGGCAUUGCGAUCGCUAUCAGAGGCAGCUGUGGGACACAACCUCCAGGCAGGACAAUGAUUACAAAGAAGACUGCGAGAAGUGGUUGCAGCAAGGUGGCUUUGAGGUCACCGUGGCCUUCAUCUACUUCUUCGUCCCCGCUAUGCUGCAAGUCCAGCUCCUGGAUUGCGAUGCACUCCCGACACACGAUCAAAAUGACUGCAAAUCAGUGCAGUCACUAAUCCGUGGGACCACCCUUAAGCGCGCGAAGGAGACGACUCGCUGGAUGGUGGACAACGCCCUAGGGCAUCGCUUGGGCCAGAUCCACUCCGUCGAGAGCCAACGCGACGACAAGGACAUGGUCUGUCUGGACAGCCAUAUGGAGUAUACGCGCCGCAGGCAGCAACACAUGAAAGAGAAGGUGGACGCCUUCAGGCGGCUUAAGGCCGCGUGGCAAGAAGGUGCCUACCAAGAUUGGGGGCAGCACAAGUCGAAAGCUGACAAAGUCGUCAUCACGCGCUUCAAUGCUCCCAACGGCAGGCGUCGCCACAACAUGCACGAGUGGGGACCGUGGCGCUGCUACUCUUGCAAGUUCCAGGUCAAAGACAGCAACAAGGUCACCAAUCUUGACGAGAAGACCGUUUGGGGCGUUUGCACAAUUGAUGGCAACUACGAUGGCUGCGACGCAAGGAAUUUGUGCUGCAACAACCACGCGGUGAGGAACUUCUUCAACAACGCCAUUGACAGCGUCAAACAGCCGCUGAGGGGCAAGUUUCAAGCGGCCCGGCACAAGGCCUUGGUGCUACUGGGUGAGUCGGUUGCCUGCCCGGCUGGCUAUUCGCAGCGGGGCUACCUUGGCGCAGACAUUGACGGGUGCGGGCUGGAAGGUUGUGAUGGAAGGGCGGAAGUGAACACGAUCAAAGAGUGCAAAGAUCGCUGCGACGCCCACAAUGACUGCCUCAGCUUCAACUACGCCCCGCCCACUGCGAAGGAUCAUGCCAAGGUGUGCACGCUCUACGAUAAAGCCGAACCGACACACACGUAUAAGGAUGAGUUGGUCUUCUGCGCCAGAACGCACUAUAAACUCGCGGUUAGCGGCGCAUACUGCCAAAAGCGGUGGUGGCUGGGCAACCCAGCUCAUGGAAUCCCCAAUCUUGAUGCGUGCGCAGUGGCAGCAGCUAAGAACCAACACUGCCACGGGAAGUACUUUCACUUUCAUGACUAUGGCAGUGGCGGCGGCGGCAAUUGCCAAUGUGCGCUCGAUCUUUGUCCCGAGGCAGGGACGACAGGACAGGACGCUUCCAACAGCGUGUACAGGCUGAUCAAACCCAUGGGAUUCCAUGGCCAAGGGCAUUGCACUGAGGGCGAGACUUAUCAGUCGAAGGCCUGGGAGCUUGCCAGCAGCACCGUCGGUGAGCAAGGCUUCGACACCGACAUGUUUGCCGCGUGGAAGGAAAGAGCGUGGACGCUGUGCCGAAAGAAGAAUUCGGCGACCAUGUUCAUCAGCGUUUGGAAGGAUGCGGGUUACCGAUGCUACAGCUCCUCCACAUGCACUCCAUCUGGCCACUCCAAUGUACAGACCUGGAAGCUUGUGUAA